AUGGUCUUCAAGCUAAUACGACCAGCCCCGCUGACGGAGAAGGUGGGCUCUCGGGAUGGCUGCAUUUACCUGUUCAGGGCGAUGAAGUUCAUAGGCUGGGUGCCGCCCAAGUCUGGGGUGGUGCGCUACGUCUACCUCUUCUGGACCCUGAUGACGUUCGUGUGGUCCACCACGUACCUGCCGCUGGGUUUCCUGGGCAGCUACAUGACCCAGAUCAAGUCGUUCUCGCCGGGCGAGUUCCUCACCUCGCUGCAGGUGUGCUUCAACGCGUAUGGGUCCUCGGUGAAGACGGCCAUCACCUACUCGCAGCUGUGGCGGCUCAUCAAGGCCAAGGAUCUGCUGGACAAGCUGGAUCUGCGCUGCACCUCCGUCGAGGAGCGCGAGAAAAUCCACCGCGUGGUGGCGCUCAGCAACCACGCCUUUCUCAUCUUCACGUUCGUCUACUGCACCUACGCGGGGUCCACCUACCUCAGCUCGGUGCUGAGCGGGCGGCCACCCUGGCAGCUCUACAACCCCUACAUCGACUGGCGCGACGGCCGGGGGAAUCUGUGGCUGGCGUCCACCCUCGAGUACGUCGUGAUGUCGGGGGCCGUGCUCCAGGAUCAGCUCUCCGACACCUACCCACUGGUCUACACCCUCAUCCUGCGCGUCCACCUGGACAUGCUGCGAGAGCGCAUCCAGCGGCUGCGCACCGACGAGGCGAUGAGCGAGGCCGAGAACUACGAGGAGCUGGUCAACUGCAUCUUGGAUCACAAGAUUAUUAUACUGUUCUGCGAGACGAUCAAGCCCGUUAUUUCGGGGACCAUCUUCACCCAGUUCCUGCUGUGCGGCAUUGUGCUGGGUCUGACGCUGAUCAACGUGUUCUUCUUCUCGGACCUGUGGACCGGCAUCGCCUCCUUCAUGUUCGUCAUCACCAUUCUCCUGCAGACGUUCCCCUUCUGCUACACCUGCAAUCUCAUCAUGGAGGACUGCGACGCCCUCACGCACGCCAUCUUCCAGUCCAAGUGGGUGGACGCCUCUCGCCGCUACAAGAUGACGCUCCUCUAUUUCCUGCAGAACGUGCAGCGGCCCAUCGUCUUCAUUGCCGGCGGCAUCUUUCAGAUAUCCAUGAGCAGCAACAUCAGCGUGGCCAAGUUCGCCUUCUCCGUCAUCACCAUCACCAAGCAAAUGAACAUAGCCGAUAAGUUUAAGGACGAAUGAGGACUACUACUACUCUCUGGCUUCUCGCCGUUCCCAUGAUUCCCCCAUUGAUUUUCUAUAACUAAGACGAGAUACAAACUUUUAAAUAACUCUGAAAAUGGCCACCCUUCUCCGUUUCUCUUUUAGAUCCAAUCAGCUCUAAAAUAUAGCGAAUUCAACGCGAGCGCCUCGAUUUUAGAGUCCAGUGCAUCGUUCUUUGUAGGAAAAAAUUUAGAUCUAGUGACAAUUUCAAUGAAAGCAACUCAGUAGACUAUAAUGUAUAUCGCACUGCAAGUAACUUGCUUUUAAA